GAGAGUUUGUUAUAAUAUGUUUUAGAUAGUCAGUGAGACGGCAGUGCGCCGGUUGCAUCGACAGCUUGGAGCCAAAAUAGACUGUGAAACAGGCCGUGUGGACCUACAGUAUACGAAAUAAUUAUAUAUUUGUGAAUACAUAUCUAUAAUAUGUAUACAUUGUGUGUUUUAAAAUAUAAUGUACUCAAGAGUAAACGCGUAGAUAAGAGUGUACUUUGGGCAUAAGUUAUUUUGUUAAAAAGCUUAAGUGAAACAUAAAAAUACAUUAGAAUAUCUGCAUAUAUAAAUAAUAUAUAUAUUUAUAUAUAUAUAAUGAAUAUUCUUAGUGCCGCGUUACGUUAAAUUAUUGCGUCUGUCAAUUGUGUAGAACAUGGUGCCUUCGCAUAACUCAUUGAUACAUGUGAAAAUAAAUUUAUAGUAUUUAAUUAAAGUCAAUUUGUUUACGCGCUAAAAAAAUCUUUAAUAAAUACAAGAACAAUGCCAUCGGAGUGUAUUUUCGAAUUCGAUCGGCCCCAACCGGUUUACUAUAGCGGAGAAAUAAUUAACGGACGCAUUAACUUGCAUACAACCAGCGAGAAGAGCGUUCGAGAGGUCUACAUACUUUUUGUGGGCGAGGCGAAGGUCCGCUGGGAAGAGAGCCGUACACGCUCUAGGGAUGGCAAAACCGAGCACUAUAAUGAAUAUUAUCGCGCUGAUGAAACUUAUCUACACUCGAAAACUUGCGUACAUGGCGACGGUACGCUACAACCCGGCACAUAUACUUACACCUUUUGCAUACCAUUGCCACUUGAGUGUCCGACAUCGUGUGUGGAGAAAUAUGGCAAAAUUGCAUACGAACUCUCGCUGGUAUUGAAUCGACCAUAUCGGUUCGAUAAUGUGUUCAAAAAACCACUAACGGUUUUAUAUCAGGUGAAUUUGAACAUGCAACCGGAGUUGUUGAUACCGAUUAAAAGUGAGGACAUUAAAUACUUUUGCUGCUGGCCAUGCUCUUCCGGCCCAGUGAUAUCAACGCUUACCAUACCAUUUGGCGGUUAUGCGCCCGGCCAGAGAAUCAAAUAUCAACUCGAAAUAGACAAUCAAUCGACCGGCUAUGAUUUAGCUGAUGGCAUCGAAUUAAAACUGACACAGAUUUACAGCUUUGAAGCACAUACGCCGCAUAGAAAGACGCGCUAUCACAGCAAUACAUUGGCACUCACCGAACAGGGUAUGCAAUGCUUGCGACUGUCUAAGCGCUUGAUUGACGGCACACUUCUUAUACCGCCUGUGCCGCCUACCUCGAAUAGAAAUUACAUCAUUGGUGUACGUUAUGAGAUUAAGAUGUCCAUCAACACCGGUUGCUGUCACACAGACUCCGAAAUAGUUAUACCCAUAACAAUUGGAACAGUACCAUUGGCGCAGAGCGCCACCAAUCCACAGAAUGCAAUCGGUUUGCUGCCGACAGCGCCAGCAAUUCCCGAUACACCCGGCACACCGCCUGGCAGUGAUGCGCCACCAAACUACGAAAAAUUCAAGCCACCGUCUUUUGACGAGGCUACCACCAUUGGUGGAAAGUUUAUUGAUCGUGAUGUCGAUGAGCGUAAUCGCACCGAUGAAUUCAUACCUCGGUAUCCGAUGUACACGAAUUUCGCCGUGCCCACAGCACCGUCUGCCGUAGGUGGUGAUGAAGCCGAUGCACCACUGCUGGUAUCGCCUACUGCGGCUUCAACGCACAAUGAACCACCACCUUAUCAGCAGGAAAGUCAACAGUCUGGCCAACCGGCGACACGCGCCACAGCUGGCUAUGGUUGGAAUAGUUGAAGCUGUGCAACCGCUUUUCUAAUGAGUUAAAUAUGUUUAUCAAUAAUAUCAAUGAUUUUCUUAUUGAAGCGCGCCUAAGCGUGCAUAUUCCUGUCCCAAGCCAUACUUACUAUAAAUCUUACAGUUUAUCUUUGAUAUUCAAACCGAUUUUGCAAACUUUUUGUACAUAAACUUGCUUAAGCCAUUAAUAAACCAGCUUCUGUAAUAU